CUCAGGUUGGUUGGCAUGUGUCUAAUAAUACACAAAAAUGUAAAUGUUUCAGCUACAUGUUACUCUAAGAAUAAGAAGGAGACGGAACAGAUACAAGCAGCUAUAGUAGCCAGGUUAGGCCUCCAGCCUAUAGACACAGAGGUGGUUGUGUUAUAUCAAGGAGAAAGGGAGGGAGUUACUGACGAGUUCUCACAGGGUAAACGCAUAAUUGAAAUGAAGAAAGAGCGGCCAGCUUGGUUCUGUAGGAAUCUCUCUGAGAGGACCACUCAAGCUUCUGCCUCAACUACCUCAGUGAGACGCUCAGACCUCGCUUAGUAGACAUUGGACAGACUCUCUGAUCUAAUUUUUGUGAUGAAAUCAUAAAACUUGUGAUAUUAUCUGUUAGUAUAUUGUACAUUUUAUGACUUUUGUUAAUAAUAAUAAUAAACAGAUUUAACUUUCAAAUAAAAUAGUUAUUUUGGUCACAA